AUGUACCCAGACUUGGAGUUGGAACUAUCACACUCUGACCGUGAUGCUGAUGUAAGACGCUCUCCAGAGGAGAAUAAUCAUUUCUAUGAAAUUCUGUACGAAGUAAGCAAAGUAGUGUGUCCCUGGAGACUUACGAGGAUAUGUUAUUUUGGUUAUGAAACCACAAUUGAGGAGACCAAUUUUAUCUUCGAGAUAAUACAAGAAAGUUGGUUCCAUAUUUUGGUGCUAUUCAAUUUACUGACACUAUAUGUAGUACUUUAUAUUUUAUUUCUAGCAUUAAUGUUUCAUUAUGAUGGAUAUGAAAUUUCCGGUUUAUUUCCAUUACCUAUGAUAGUCUUCUUCUUAAUGCUUCUCUCUACGAUCAUUUGUUCAUUUAUAAGCUUUUAUAGAGUAUUCCAUCCUGAUGACAAAGAACUGGAAGAAGAAGAGAGAGAGGAAGACGAAACCUACCAACAAGAUGUGAAUUAUUCGAAUGGUUUUGAUAGUUUGAUAUUAGAUGGCUCAAAAUAUUUGAAAGGGAUAUAUAUCCAACUAGCAUUCUUAUGCCUGUAUUUUUGGAGUCUUAUAAACUCAGUUUUUACAGGAUGGAGCUUGAUACAAUUUUACAAGUUUGUUUUCAAUGAAAAACUUGAAAUUUUUCAAACUAUCUUUCUUUAUGUGUUACUUCUAUUUACUGGGUUUUCAUUUAUAGCCUUACAUUUCACUUAUAUUCAUAAUUGUUCCAUUGCUGAAAUAAAAAAGCUUUACAAUUCACUAAUCAAUUGUAUAAAUCAUAACUAA